UUUUCACACAUAUUUUUGCACCCGCAGCAGCAGAGAGGAGAGAGCAGGGUGGAAAGGAACGCCAUGGUGAGGGAAGCAGGAGUCAUCCGAUUAUUAUGGAGAACGGCGUUGUCCCAGAGUGUUGCUGCUCAGCGGAUAAGCAGCUGCAGGACAACAGCGGCAACGACGGCAAUACGAAGCGGCCUCGCCACCGCCCCUCCAGUAGAAGGGGCCACGGGAGAGGGCAAGGGCGGGGAGGGGGGUGAAGAAGCACUGGACGAGGCGGCGGCGAAGAGGGCCGCGCUGCUGAAGCGCUACGGGGACCGAACCCCACCUUCGGGCCCGAUCCCGGUGAAGGUAGACCCCGCCAAGGCCAAGACCGCGAACCCCUCGCGGGGUUUCGACGUUGAGAAGGCGGCCGCGGGCGAGGUCAACCACAACGAAAUCUGGGGAGACUACGUGCGCUACAUGGAGCACCAGCGCAAGAAGGGAUGGAAGACAUGAAGCAGGGAAUUUUGUCUAUCCACUAGCAAAAGGCGGUACUUCAAGAGAUGGCGGAAAAGUUUUGGAAAUCCCGCCGAAGGCGUGCGUACUCCAACCCGGAACUCUUUCGCGCGGACGAGUGUUCUGGCGUUGGAGUCUCCCGGCGAGGCAGGAAAAGUGUGGCACGAACUCCCGACGGGCUGGGUGGGCUGUUCGUGCAUGUUCUGCACGGGGAAGUAAUGUAGUGGGUAGCACCCAACGGGUGUUUACUGGGUGAGAGGCGGCAUUUAGGUUGGGGCGGGUUGUCGCGCCUCGUGGUUGGGCUUGAGUUCCGCAAUCUUGUAAAAAGAGCGCGACACAAACGCAUCUUUUACAGGGCGCUGUACACGGCCACCUCCGCUGCUACCAAGGGGACGCCGAGGGGUCGAUGGAACGUGUUGUUCGCACCACGACGGCCUACGUUUUUUUUGUCAUUCCUUGGCGUCCUUUCUGCACGGAAUCGACUGAAACGCGACAGUAGCAGGCAUCACCGCCGCAUGUGCCCGCCGUUGGGCUUCCAUGUCGCAUUGACAAACACGCACUGGUUGGCACCAGCUCGGGCCGACCUUAAUUUAUUUAUAGCUCGUUUUGCCGGCCGACCGAGAGAUCGCGAUAGGCGUUGCUCCCUUGGGGGUGAGUAGAGACAGAGGCCAACCGGAAGAGGCGACGUGCAAACCAGCACCUGGGCGCUGCGACGUGUUGAUCAGAAUCCGAUUUUAUCGAGCCCUCCCACCGGUUGUGGCGGGUGUAUCCGCGACGUAUGCGUGUGUCACUUGGUGUUGCGGCAAAAGGCCACGGGGGAAGCCAUUGCUUGCUGUGCGCCUUGGUUUCCUUUUUGUACAUAAUAAUGAGGGUGGUUAUCGUAAUGGAUUAUUAAAGCUACCCCCUUUAAGAGUGGCGCACGUUCCGGACAGACGGGGGGGGCUACAGGCGAUAACAGGCGAUAUAGUCUUUCCUGCUGUUUCGCAACAAGUUUUGGUGGACCGGCGUUCCAAACCGAAAAAAAAUGUAGAAAAAGGCCACGCGUGAAGGGUAGUCUGCUGCUGCUCCUUGCGUGUUUGUCAUUAUUCCUGUGGUACUUCGCAGUGCAAGCGUGCAUGUACAUGAGUCCCAGGCAAGAUUCUUCCAACGGUGUCCGCUAGAUGUAGAAGCGGUGUCAAACGAGUUCCUCUUCCUUGGGGUUACCGCUACCGGCGACGGGGGUGAACGGGGUGGCGGGUUCGCCCAGCUCGCAGAGAAAGCACCCUUGUGCUUAGAAGCCGCAUUGCGGCGAAAUUCAUGGACGCAUUUUGAACCUUCAUGAUGGGUGGAAAGAAUGUGCACUUCCAAGUGUAGUAUUUUUCUCUACAGCCAACCGGGCCUCCCGGCCACAUGGUGUGUUGAAAAUAGUAUGUUUA